AUGUCGUUCUCCGGACUAUCCUUCAUCUUUUGGCGCGUCUUCCAGAUCAUCACCUUGAUCCCGUGCCUGGGCAUGCUCGCCUGGUUCGUCGACUGGUACAACAGCCGCGGCCUCCUCACACCAACGUCAAUCCUCGUCCUAUUCAUCGUAUCGGUGCUCGGCGCAGCAUGGGCUAUAGGCACCCUCUUCCUCUACACGCGCGCGAAACACUCUGCCAAAUUCGUGGCUUUCAUCGACCUUCUUUUCAUGGGCGCCUUUAUCGGAGCCGUCUAUGCUCUCCGAGGGAUUGCUGAUGCUGAUUGCUCCAACUGGGAAAGGAAUGGUUCCUACAGCGCUGAUCUUGGUUUAUUCACGGUCAGUGGAGACAGGUGGGGGUUCAACAUCGACCGCCAAUGCGCCAUGCUCAAGGCUUCAUGGGCUUUCGGAAUCAUGAACAUCAUUUUCUUCUUCAUCACUGCCAUAUUGGCUCUACUUGUGCACCGUCACCACCGUAAUGACCGAGUCGUUGUGAAGCGCGAAGUCCACCGCUCCCGUCACGGCCACCGCUCCCGCAGCCCUCGCUACUCGCACCAGAGCCACAGUCGGAGCCGACGCAGCUAUGUCUAA